UUUAUUGAACCGUCGAUGAGAUAAACAAAAACUUACAGUUAAUCCGUUGACCACAAGAUGUGCUUAAGACAUGAAUCAAUGAUUGCAUGAAUUUUGCGUUCAUUUGAACCAUAAUUACUAUUAUCUAUAAACGGGACUAAAGUGUGAAUCAAAGAAAUCACUCAACAUUACCACAAAAUGACGGCAAAAGUGUUUAACGUUUUCGCGAAUCUCGAGACAGAGUUCUUGGAGGCGAAGAAGAGUCUGAAAGAUGUCGACGAAUCCAUCAAAAAGAUCACUGGAAGGGAACCCAAUUUGGCGGCGAAGGGAGUGAAGGGUCAGACCAAUGGCCGCAAUCGAGUGGCCCUUCCGUUCGGGAACUCCUUCUCGACGGCGAUCUCACAAAUUGAAGACCAAUCGGACGAACCGCUGAGGAAACGACGCUUCUUUGGCGGCAGC